CUCAGUGUAUAUCUGUUGGCUUGCUAGUGUCGUGCCGGGUCUAUCUUAAGAGAUCCGUGUAUCUGUUGUGUGGGCUCUAACUUUCUGAUACUCGCCUCUAAGCCGUAUCCAUGGUAUUCAUUACUGCGUGACGAGGAUAAUCUAAUUUGCUUUUAAAGAUAGAACAGAGCAGCGCAUGAACUGAUUGCUCAACAUUUAAUCGUCAAGUUUACUUCACUUACUGUCAAGUUUACUUCACUUACUGUCAAGUUUACUUCACUUACUGUCAAGUUUACUUCACUUACUGAAUCCUCAUGGCCGCCAGUCUGACGUCAUCAAACAUCUUACUGUUGGUUUUGAGCUUCCUAUUGGCGGGAAAAAUACGAGUGGUCAAAGCCGAUGCUGCCACUUGGAACUAUAACCGCUCAGAUUUAGGAGGACCAGAUAAAUGGAGCCUGACCUACAGCGACUGUGGGGGUGUGUUCCAGUCCCCCAUCGACAUCAACACGAGCACCGUCCUGUACGACCCUCUCCUCCAGCGCUUCAACGUCACGGACUACACCAGCAAGCUGGACGGGCUGGACAUGAGGCUGGUCAACAAGGGGGGACACACGGCUGAGGUCAUCUACUCUGGCAACGAGCGGGUCUAUCUCCGUGGCGGGAAUUUGCCAGACGACUACAGGCUGGAGCAGUUCCACUUUCACUGGGGGUCAUUGGAUAGACAAGGGUCAGAGCACGCCAUAGACUCACAAUUCGCCCCCAUGGAGCUUCACCUGGUGCACGUCCAGAAACGUCUAGAAAAAUCCAACACGUCAUCAUCUCACCCCCACGGCCUGGCUGUUCUUGGCUUUUUAUUUCAGAGAAGUGACAACAACAACACAAAACUAGAUGAGCUGCUCAAAUAUUUCCCCAACAUUACAAGCGCCAACAAUGAAACAGAGAUCGAGCCCUUUAAAGUCAGCGACCUCCUGCCUGACGACUUAGAAAACUUGGACUUUUACCGGUAUGAGGGCAGCUUGACCACGCCCCCCUGCUCAGAAACUGUCAUCUGGUCAGUGGCAGUGGACAAGAUCAACAUCUCAGAGUACCAGUUAAAUAUUUUCCGGUCCCUCCACAACGAGGAGGAUGAGCUGCUGGUCAACGACUACCGUCCAGUACAAAAUCUCAACAGCCGGACAGUGACGACCACCAGGAAACCCAGCACCAUCACCGACACCAGCACCAGCACCAAAGUCUCUGUGGACGCCACGACAACUCCCAAAAACUCAGGUGUCCGGGUGCCUGCAGGUCAUCUGGUCAUGCUCGUCUUUACAGUGCUGGCCCUGAGACUGAUGUCGUGGUCAAGAUUCUAGACAGCCUGACAAGCUGGUCAAGAUUCUAGACAGCCUGACAAGCUGGUCAAGAUUCUAGACAGCCUGACAAGGUGGUCAAGAUUCUAGACAGCUUGACAAGGUGGUCAAGAUUCUAGACAUCUUGACAAGGUGGUCAAGAUUCUAGACAUCUUGACAAGGUGGUCAAGAUUCUGGACAUCUUGACAAGGUGGUCAAGAUUCUAGACAGCCUGACAAGGUGGUCAAGAUUCUAGACAGCCUGACAAGGUGGUCAAGAUUCUGGACAUCUUGACAAGAUGGUCAAGAUUCUAGACAGCUGGACAAGGUGGUCAAGAUUCUAGACAGCCUGACAAGGUGGUCAAGAUUCUGGACAUCUUGACAAGAUGGUCAAGAUUCUAGACAGCUGGACAAGGUGGUCAAGAUUCUAGACAGCCUGACAAGGUGGUCAAGAUUCUAGACAGCCUGACAAGGUGGUCAAGAUUCUAGACAGCUGGACAGGGUGGUCAAGAUUCUAGACAGCUUGACAAGGUGGUCAAGAUUCUGGCCAGCUUGACAAGGUGGUCAAGAUUCUAGACAGCCUGACAAGGUGGUCAAGAUUCUAGACAGCUGGACAGGGUGGUCAAGAUUCUAGACAGCUUGGCAAGGUGGUCAAGAUUCUGGCCAGCUUGACAAGGUGGUCAAGAUUCUAGACAGCUUGGCAAGGUGGUCAAGAUUCUAGACAGAUGGAACCAUUGCUAUUUAUAAUGUUGAGAUACUGGUGUAAAGCGUGUGUGUGUGAGUGUGUGUGUGUAACGUGUGUGUGUUUGCAGGUGUACAUCAUGUGUGUUUGCGGCAUGUGUCUGUGUGCAGUAUAUAUGCAAUGUGUGUCUGUGUGUGCAGUGUGUGUGUAUGUGUGCAGCUACGUGUGCUGUACUUGAAAUGAACUAUUUGAUUGUAUGCUAUUCCUAUAAUAAAGUUACUGUAUAAUAUGUAAAGUUGCACAUGAUUGUAUUUGAUGUUCUCAACUCUACUGAUGGGAGGUGACCACAAUUUGUGUUCCAUUUAGUGCUCAAAGUUUGUGUAGAAAUAGUGCCUAGAAUAGUCUGAUUAAGUUCACAGAAUAGUUUCAACUGUGUUUGAUGGUUUGUUUAGAGACUUGUUAGCUGACGGUGAAAGAUCUACAAAGUCCACAGAGAAACGAAUCUCACUGUUGGAUAAAUCUGGCCAAUCAGUCUUUGACUUGUAACAAUCUUUGCUUUCUCUGCUUCCAGAACUUUCGCCAUUUUAAUUUAAGACUUAACGUGCACUAGAAUGUUCUAGAUUAGUCUCUCGACUCACGUUGACAAAAGACAAACAAACGAGUCCAGACAUUGACACUGUCAAUAGAUUCUAAAUGAAGUGAAUAAUCUGUCGACUAUGUCAGAUGUACUAGAGUCUAUCACUCAAUAGUUAGCCUGUGUUUAUUGAUGGGUUGAAGCUCUUAGCAUAUUGAAGGCGUUUCUUCAAUCAUUGGACAUUGACAAAUGUGAUCAUUGAUUAAUGUAUAUCCAAUCAAUUAUGUUAAAUAUUUGUAAACCAGAAAAUGUGUACAAUGAGAGGAUGAUUGUGUGGUGUUUAGUGAGGGUGUCUGUUGGUGGUGUUAUUUAAUUUAGUGUAUGCUUGGUGGUGUUAAGGUGUAUGUGGUGUUGGUGUGAAUGUCAUCUCAGGUAUAUGAUAUGGGCAAACAAUAUGUGUAAUCUAGACAUAUGUAACCCUGUCAAUAUUUCUCCGGUUCUUUGACUACAGAUGAUGACAAAUGUUUAAUACUUGAUUUCGAAUCUGUUGUUAAAAGACAGUGAAGAAACUAAGCAACUCUUAUGAAGAAUUGUAUUUGUGAUUAA